AUGUGCAGACUCGCCGGCAGCGACAUCGAACACACGGGCGGCGCAAACCCCGACCCCACCCAGGGCCGGGAGCUGCUGCCCACCAACGUGAUCCCGAGGCACUACGAUGUCACCCUCGAGCCCGACUUUGAGAAGUUCACCUUCAAGGGCACCGUGCUGAUCGACUUUGACGUCAAGGAGGAGACCAAGUCCAUCUCCCUGCACACCAUCGAGAUCGACAUCCACAGCGCCCGCGUCAAGGACGGCGACAAGAUCGUAACACCCGGCAGCUCUUCCUCGGCCGUCACCUACGACGAGUCCAAGCAGGUUUCCAAGAUCGACCUCAAGGAUGCAGUCCCCGCAGGCGGCAAGGCUACCCUCGAGGUCAAGUUCACCGGCCAGCUGAACGACUCCAUGGCCGGUUUCUACCGCUCGACCUACAAGAAGCCCGACGGCACCGAGGGCAUCCUGGCCACCACCCAGAUGGAGGCCAAUGACUGUCGCCGCGCCUUCCCGUGCUUCGACGAGCCACUGCACAAGGCCAAGUUCACUGUCACCCUCAUCGCCGACAAGCACCUCACGUGCCUGAGCAACAUGGACGUCGCCUCCGAGUCCGAGGUUACUUCUGAGAUCAAUGGCACAACCAAGAAGGCUGUCAAGUUCAACCCCACCCCCUUGAUGUCGACGUACCUUGUCGCCUUCAUUAUUGGUGAUUUGAACUACAUUGAGACCAAGAACUUCCGCGUGCCUAUUCGAGUGUAUGCCCCACCAAGCUCGGACAUCGAGCACGGCCGGUUCUCUCUUGAGCUUGCGGCCCGAACUCUGGAUUACUACGAGAAGAUCUUCGGCGCCGACUUCCCGUUGCCCAAGAUGGACAUGGUCGCCAUUCCUGACUUUGCGGCUGGUGCCAUGGAGAACUGGGGUCUGAUUACUUACCGAGUGGUCGAUCUUCUCUACGACGAGAAGACCAGCGGUGCUGCCACCAAGGAGCGCGUUGCCGAGGUCGUCCAGCACGAGUUGGCCCACCAGUGGUUUGGAAACCUUGUGACUAUGGACUGGUGGGAGGGUCUUUGGCUCAAUGAGGGUUUUGCUACGUUGAUGAGCUGGCUGAGUUGCAACCAUUUCUACCCCGAGUGGAAGGUCUGGGAGAACUACGUUACCGACAAUCUGCAGAGUGCCCUCAGUCUGGAUUCACUCAGGAGCAGUCACCCUAUCGAAGUUCCAGUGAAGAAGGCCAGCGAGGUGGAUCAGAUCUUUGAUGCUAUUUCAUACUCCAAAGGCUCAUGUGUCCUUCGCAUGAUCUCCACCUACCUGGGCGAGGAAACUUUCCUAGAGGGUGUCAGACGGUAUAUCAAGAAGCAUGCUUAUGGCAACACGCAGACCGAGGAUCUAUGGGCUGCUCUGGAAGACGCCAGCGGCAAGCCCGUAAAGGAUAUCAUGUCCAUCUGGACCAAGAACGUCGGCUACCCCGUCGUUCAGGUUACUGAGAACAGUGAUAGCUCGAUCCACGUGAAGCAGAACCGAUUCCUCCGGACCGGUGAUGUCAAGCCUGAGGAGGACAAGGUUCUGUAUCCCGUUUUCCUGGGACUACGAACCAAGGACGGUGUUGACGAGACAUUGACCCUGUCCAAGAGGGAAGACAACUACAAGCUUAAGGACUCAGAGUUCUUCAAGCUCAAUGCCAACCACACCAGCAUCUACCGAACAUCGUAUUCUCCCGAACGCCUUGAAAAGCUCGGAAAGGCCGCCAAGGAAGGUCUGCUGAGUGUUGAGGACCGCGCUGGCAUGAUUGCUGAUGCAGGCGCUCUUGCCGUCUCUGGUUACCAGAAGACUUCUGGUGUCCUGAACCUGUUGAAGGGUUUUGACACCGAGGAUUCCUUCGUUGUCUGGAGUGAGAUCAUUGCUCGUGUCGCGACAGUUCAAUCUGCUUGGGUCUUUGAGGAUAAGUCUGUGAAGGAUGGCCUCGAGGCCUUUGUGAAGGACCUUGUGAGCGAGAGAGCCCACAAGCUCGGCUGGACCUUCACCGACAAGGAUGGUCACAUCGAGCAGCAGUUCAAGGCCAUGGUCUUCAGCGCCGCUGGUAUGGCUGGCGACAAGAAGAUUGUAGAUGCCGCAAAGGAGAUGUUCAACAAGUACAUGGCUGGUGACAAGUCGGCUGUCCACCCGAACAUCCGCGGCAGCGUCUUCAGUAUGUCUCUGAAGUACGGUGGCAAGGCAGAGUACGAUGCCAUUCUGAACUUCUUCCGCACUUCAACCAACAGCGAUGAACGCAACACCGCCCUGCGUUGCCUGGGCCGAGCUAAGGAGCCGGCUCUCAUCCAGCAGACGCUUGACCUGGUCCUCUCGGGCGAGGUCAAGAGUCAAGAUCUAUAUCUCCCAGCAAGCGGCCUUCGCAGCCACGCCGAGGGCAUUGAUGCUCUCUGGGGCUGGUUGACCGAGAAGUGGCCCGAAAUCUACAAGCGCCUCAGCGGCAACCCGCCUAUCCUUGGCAGCAUGGUCACCAUCUGCACCAGCAGCUUCGCCAAGCAAGAGCAGCUUGACAAGGUUGAGGCUUUCUUCAAGGACGUUGACACCAAGGCCUUCAUUCAACCUCUGUCGCAGAGUAAGGACGCGAUCAGGAGUAAGAUCGCCUGGCUACAGCGUGACAGAGAUGACGUGGCCUCGUGGGUCAAGGAAAACGGAUACAAGGCUCAGUUGUAG